UCUGACCAAAAGCGAAUAUGUUGUUGCUUGCAUAAAAGAAAUCUUAUUAAAAUGACAAAUUAUUGUAUUUUGUGCAAAUCGUCGGUAACCUCUGCAUCCAGUUAUCACAGGUUCCCGAAAGAUAAGGAUAGAAGAAGCAAAUGGUUGCAAGCAAUCAAGAUGAAUCAAGUUUCACAAUUUGCUCUGCUGUGCUCCAAUCACUUUAAAUUGUCAGAUUACCAAGAAACAUUAUAUGGACUAAGAGGGAGACUUAAAAACACUGCUAUUCCCGAAAUUACUUCACAAAAAAUCAAUUGUGAUAACAUAGCAUCAUCUAGUGACAAAGAAUUUCAUAUUGAAAUACAACAGAAUACAUGUAAGAAAGAAUCCGGUGAAAUUAAAAUAGAAGAAUGCAAUAUGAAAUGUAAUGAUGGUGCAAAAGAUAAUCCUAACUCACUGAAAAGAAAAUCAAUGGAGAAUAAAGAAGUAGACUUUCCUUUGAAACAUAUUAAAUAUAUAAAGGAUAUUAAUGUAUGCCAAGUAUCUAGAAAUCCGGACGAAGCGGCAAUGGUAUUAGACGUUGCAAUAGAAACAAUUACAGAACAGGCAAAGAAAAUACAAUAUUUGCAAGUGCAGGCAUGUAAACUAAAAAAGCGAGUGCAGAACUUGACUGAGUUAAAUAAACAUUUACACGACAAUAAUUUAAUUUCUGAAGAAGCUUUAGAACAUAUGAACCUCUAUGCUCCUGUUGUAAAAUCCAUAAUCCAAAAACUGUUAUCUAAACAUCAUAAGUUUACCACGUUCCCUCCAGAAUUGCAGACCUUUGCAGCGUCUUUACACUUUUAUUCUCCAAAAGCAUACGAAUAUGUACGAGAAACGUUUUUAAAUAUUUUACCUCAUGAAAGUACGAUUCGUUCCUGGUAUACCAAUGUGGAUGGUAACCCUGGAAUAUGUAAACCUGCGUUACAAUUUAAAAAAAAAAGGCAGACAUUGCGCGCGAAAAGAAUGAAGUAAUCCUGU